UAUUAGGACUAUAUAUUUAGGGAAGAGCAAAUACAUGUAAUCUGAGAUUUGCAGAGUGGGGCACAGAUAUUCAAGCUAAUAGUUUUACAAAGAGAAGUUAGGAACAUUUCUAAGAAAUGAAUUGUUCUUUAUUAUGUUAUUAUAUCUACAUAUAAAAUACAAUCCACUGGCCUAUGAUGUAUUAUCAUCACCAGAAUUCAUUUUAUAUAGCUCUUUAAAGUUUAUAAAGCAUUCUAUACAAUCUCAUGAGUCUCAUCACCACCUCACAAAUAAACCUCCUUAUAUUGAUCCAACUCAUGAAAAGUUAUAUAAAUAAUAACUCCUGAUUCUAUAAUGGAAUAACUUCAUUCUACAUUAGUGUAUUUGUUGACCUUUAUAACAACUCUGUGGAGUAGGAAAAGUAUUAUCUUCAUUUUAGACACUAGAAAACUAAGAUUUAGAGAAGUUUAAUCGCUAGAUUAAGGUGUCCAAACCAUUGAAUGGAAGAGCUGGAACUCCUAGUUUUAAGGCUAGUAUUCUUUCUGCCAUAACACACACACACACACACACAGCCUCUCUCUGUGUCAAGUCGAACAUCAAUUGUAAUCCAGACAUAUAUUGGUCUCUAUCUCUUCCCAACAAGCAUUCUUAGAGAUAAGAGCCUAAGAAACAGGAGAGGAAGGAUCACAGAUUUGGAACUGUAAGAUACCUUACAGAUGAUCAAGUCCAAUCUUCUCAUUUUACAGAUAAAAGAAACUGAAAGUCAGAAAGGUCAAGUGAAAGAGAAGUAGGUUAGAUGCAAAAUAGGAGAGUCUACAAUUGGCCUGCACCUAAGGGAAAAGGCACCUUGCAACCUAAGGAGUGAGAGGGAGGUGGAGAAGAGGUUUGGCCUUUGUGAUGAUAAAGAGUUAUUGGUAAUGGGGAAGGGUAAGAGAGAUUGAGUAAGAGGAAAUAGGUUAUGGGGUCAAAUCUUCCUGACAGGCAGUAUUGCAGAGUGGAAAAAUUGUUGAAUUUUGAAUUCCUGCACUUGAAAAUUUGAUCCCAGAUUAGGUCCUAUGGGACUCUGGUCAUUUAACUUUUCUAGGCCUGGGUUCCUCAUCUGUAAAAUGAAGAUGAUCUUCUAAGGUCCUUUUCAGUUCUAGAUCUGUGAUCCUAUGACUUAACAUCAUCAAAAUAGCCUUUUUUUCCCUGAUUUUUUUGGGAGAAGUUUAUUAGGCCCUAUACAAAAGAAUUUAGAACUUAAUCCCUGCUCUCUAGGAAAUUACAUAAAGACCAGAGAAAAAAUGAAUAGGCAAAGAUUAAAGAAUAUGGUUUAACAACAAUGAAAAUGGCUAGGUUUGGUCAGAAGGCAAAGAGUUGUUGAGAUAGAAGUUGUGAUAGGGAAAGUGAGGGAAGCAGGAAACUUUUAUAGGAAUAGAAUGUUUAAAUAAUAUCAGGUUUUAGUUAUAUUGGAAAGCCUUGCUGAGGAAAGUGGGAUUUUUCAGGAAUUCCUUUGACAAAGGAGUAGAGGUUUGGAAAAAUCAGUAUCAAACUUGACUCUGUAUUCAAGAUAGAAACACCAGUUUUUUAGUGAAAACUUGUAAAGGGGAACACUGUUUAAGACAAAAUCUUAUAGCACUGUCCUUUAGGGAGUAAAGAAUAGGGAAGGAAAAUUGAGGGACUGAGAGAGAUUCUGGGCCAAUACUGGCACCUGCCAAUGUUGUACUACUAUUGGUCUCCAGGAAAACAAUAGCACAUGACUCCCUUGAUUCUCAACCAUCAUACUUUUAAGGGCUAUAAGGAGCCAACUCACCUGUUCUUCAGGAUUAUGUAGAGAUUAUCUGUUCAAAUAUACCAACCCAAAGAAUGUAGUGGUCCUAAAGACCAUUAAGACAUCUAAACUCACCCCUAGUUUGUGCAUGAAUUGUAUUUAUCUUGGCCUUAGGAAGGGAGGUUUAAAAAAAAAUAGCACAAUAGUGCCCCCUGCUGACUGUCACUCAAUUUGUAAAUAAUUACAAAUGUAGCAUAACCAAAAAAUAUAUACAAAAUAAGAAAUUUACUCAUAAACCAUAAAAUGAAAGCAUUCAUCCAUAAACAAAAAAUGAUGUAAAAGUCUCUAUUAUCUGCUUCCAAGAAUGCUGUGGGCCAAGGACAUAAGUGAUAUAGAAUGGACAAUUCCCAGGACUAGUUAGGGUUUCCUGUUAUUCAGAUCACUACUGAAUCUCAGGUCAUUGUUGCUCUAUCUCUGCCCUAGAAGAAAUAUAAAAAGACAGGCUACCACUUAGGAGACUGGGCAAAUGUCCAAUGUGUUUUCUGGAAUAGUUCCACUUGCAGGAAAGGGGAAAACAAGCCUCUUGAGAAACCUUUCUUGUGAUACACCAAGAACUUGGUACUUGAAGAAACAGGUACGUAUUGUGUCUUCUGCCAUCCUCAGUGAGUAGGACUUCUACAUUGUCUGUAUUUGUUCCACUUUAACUUAUUAAGACAAGAAAAGGUCCAAAAACCUUACUGCUUCUGAGUGAGAAAGAAUUUUGAACUGUUAGUAGGAAAAGCAAAACAGAAAGAGGAGGGCAAUUUAGUUAGUCUUCCUUUAGUUUCUUAGAGCUAUCUAGAAUGUUUAACCAGAAUCUAUGGCUUUAACUUGAAACAGAGAGUGCCUACCAAAGGGCUCUCCAGGGGACCAAAACUAAAAGGCUAGUUUGAAGUUCAGGCUAGAUUUUUUUUUGUCUCUGGAUUAAAAUAUCCUCCUAUUGGCAAGUCUUUGGAAACCCAACAUAGCAAGAAAACAAAGCUAAGAAAACAAAGAAUAAUCACUAUCUCAUGUUAUCAAAAGGGGGAACUCAUAAAAUUUCCCUGAUUCUUGGUUUUAUUUGCUCUAGUGUCUUUCAUAAUCCCAUCACAGGUGGCAAUGUGAGUCUGUUUCAGUCUUUUAAAUGUCUACCAAUGUAAUUGGAAACCAAGGUAGUAGUGAAGUUGUUAGUGAACGUGGUACUUAAUGCAGUGGGAGUUACUGAAAUACAGAAACAACCCUCUCAGGCUCAACCUCCAAGAAAAGUAGUUUGUCUAUUCCAUCCUCAGGUCCUUCGGAAAGCCAUGCAGGACUCCUCUCUGAAAGCAGUGGGGAACCUUUCUCUUCACCCAGGACUGGGCGGGAGGGCAGGGGGAGUGGCGGGCGGACCAGUCUAUGGGGGCAGUUCCGCUUUCUUUACCCCUCUACCCCCACCCCUGUGUAGUGGCAUGAACGUCUAUCAUUAACAAUAAGGACAAAUAUCAGGAGUAAGUAACCCCACUUCCAAUCUGUAUCUUUAUAAGUGGUUCAGAGAAGGUGGUGGUAACAUUUCUAUGGCACUUUAGGAUUUACAAAGCGCUUCUCACACACUGCAGGGUAGGCAAAUUCUUUGCUGAGCAGUCCCGUUCAUCUCUCCGGAAACCUGAGGCUUCUGGGGCCUCUCCCCCGUAGCAGUUUGGUUCCUCCCGGACGGAGUUACCCCAUGAUCGGUCAGCAACUGCCCAGGACUGUGGCAGGGUCCGGCUGAGACACUCAGAGAGCUGAUCAGCGGCUGCUCUCUCUAAAGGCGGUGGGAGAAGAGGACUCCUUUUGUUAGGAUUCUGCUAGGGUCAAAGAGCGCCCGGGUGGCGAGUUGGCUGGGAGGGGUCCAGCUUUGUGGAGCGUCACGGGAGACUCAGAGUCGUGCGCGUGGUGGGGCCGGCCAUUGUGGGAAGCCGGCCAGGCCCGAGAGACUCCGACCCCGCAGCGCCUUCCGGUAACCAUGGUAGCGGCCCCCUCCCGCUCACAGCUUGGGAGGCGGGGGGGAGGGGUCAAAGGGGGCAGUCAGUCAGCUAGUCAGUCUUCGGGGUCUACACACAAGCCCCGCCCCUCGCUCCCCCACCCGUCUCCCUCCCAGCCCCGCUGCCUUCCCGCCCGGUUGGCGGAGGGAGGGGAGAAGGGGAGCGGGGCCGUCGUCACAUCCGGACGGAGUGGGCGAGUUCCGGUAUUUCAGGGCGGAGCAGGCGGAAGUAGGGCUGAGAAGCGGCAGCAGCACCGAGCGGAGGAGGCAGCAGCCGGAGCGGGAGCCGGAACGGGGCGGGCACCAUGGCUGGUAUCACCACCAUCGAGGCGGUGAAGCGCAAGAUUCAGGUUCUGCAGCAGCAGGCCGAUGACGCCGAGGAGAGGGCCGAGCGUCUCCAGCGGGAGGUGGAGGGGGAGAAGCGGGCCCGGGAACAGGCUGAGGCUGAGGUGGCUUCCUUGAACCGUCGGAUCCAGCUGGUGGAGGAGGAGCUGGACCGUGCUCAGGAGCGCCUGGCAACAGCUCUGCAGAAGCUAGAAGAGGCAGAGAAGGCAGCUGAUGAGAGUGAGAGAGGUAUGAAGGUCAUUGAAAAUCGGGCCCUGAAGGAUGAAGAGAAGAUGGAGUUGCAAGAAAUCCAGCUGAAAGAGGCCAAGCACAUUGCGGAGGAAGCAGACAGAAAGUAUGAGGAGGUGGCCCGCAAAUUGGUGAUCAUUGAGGGGGACUUAGAGCGCACAGAGGAGCGGGCCGAGCUGGCUGAGUCCCGUUGCCGGGAGAUGGAUGAGCAGAUCAGACUGAUGGACCAGAACCUGAAGUGUCUGAAUGCUGCUGAAGAAAAGUAUUCUCAAAAAGAAGACAAAUAUGAAGAGGAGAUAAAGAUUCUUACUGAUAAACUCAAGGAGGCAGAGACCCGUGCUGAGUUUGCUGAGAGAUCGGUAGCCAAGCUGGAAAAGACAAUUGAUGAUUUGGAAGAGCGUCUCUACAGCCAACUUGAGAGAAACCGCCUGCUCUCUAAUGAGCUGAAGUUAACGCUGCAUGAUCUGUGUGACUGACGGGAAGGGGCUCACUAAUGCCCCUUAAACCAAGCUUACAGUUCAUUGGCCUGGACCCCAGCAAAAGCUGAUCAGUACCCCCCUUUAUCCCUUGGCUGAGCAAACUAACUUGUUUAAUUGGGGCAGUUGAAAAAUAAUAACAUGUAGCAUUUAUAUAGCGCUUUAAGGUUUGCAGAGCACUUUACAGAUAUUAUCUGAUUUUAUCAUUACAACAACCCUGGGAGGUAGGUGUUAUCCCCAUUUUACAGUGGAAGAAAUAGGCAGAUGAAGGUAUAAGUGACUUGCCCAGGGUCACACAGCUAAUAUGUAUUUGAGGACAAUUUGAAUUCAGGUCUUCCUGACUCUAGGUCUAAUGCAUUAUCCACUGUACCAUCUAGCUGCCUCUAGUAACCAGAAGAAAAAACAAAAGCCUUUAAUUAAGGUAACCUUUCCAUAUCUGUAUAAAUCCUAAAGAAUUACUACUGACAUUCCUUGCCCUUUUUACACAAAUUUGCAGGGGAGUGGGGUGGACAUAGACUCCAAAUGGAACUAAAAGUUGGGAGGCCAGGAAGUCCAGGAGAAUUUGUCUCCUUGACAUCUGUUCUCUCCCUUAAAUACUAGUUGUUCCCUUUCCUGUAAACUGAUUGUAGGAUAUGUUCCCUUUGCAUGGAUAUGGAUGGUUUAUAACAAUAAAAGGACUGACUCCGUUGUAUGGUGUAGCUAUACUUCAUCUGUAGGCCCAGGGAUGGGUCAAUUCAGCCUUGGGUGAGACAGCAAAGAAAUUGGAGUGGGGGAGGGGGGAAGAGUGGGGUAUGUUGGCCUGGCUCCCAGCUGUCAUCAUCUUGUUUUGGGACAUACAGGAAUGUUGGCCUGUCCUUUUAACUGAAAGAGUCUGGAGGUGGUUCACUUGGUGGGUUGGAGUAUUCUUAAGACUUGGCUAAUUUCUGGUCACUCUUGAUCUUAUUUCCUAGAUCACUUUUCCCCAUAUUACAUGCUUCAGUAUAUCUAACUCAGUCAUAGGCAAGUCCUAUAUGGCAGCCUCAGAAAAUCUUGUCAGCUUUUCUGACAUGACAUGACAGUCUUGGUAAUUUAGUUGAGAUCUUUUGGCCCAUUGAGCUUAGUGUAUAGAGGUAUUCUCAUGAUUCUCACUGCUUGCUCUGCUUUGGAGAGCAAUUUGGCUUGAGUAGCUUCACCUUUGGUAAUCUUCUCUUUAUCAGGAAUGUAUGUGACAUUUCUGCUAUUAGGAAUGCUCUCAUCCUGGUUCCUAGUGCCAUCGAGAUCAUCUAGUCUAACUUAAAUUAGGAAAUGCACAGACUUGCUUAAGUUUGCAUAGGGAGUAAGGCGUGUAGUAGAGGUUUGAACCUAGGUCCUCUGUCUCUUCAAACACAGUAUCCUUUCUGUUGCAAUAAACUCCUUUUUUCCCAACCUGAACUUUCCUCUGUUUUGGUGCUGUCCCUUCACUCAGACUUUUGGUUUUCUCACCACAGAGAUGAAUGGGUUAAAUUUGCUUCCGUAGUCUGAGCCUGAAUGGAGAGUUGUAAGGUCAGGAAAUAACAAGAGUCUAAACUCCAUCCCACAGGAAAUACAGCAAACACCUGUAGCUUCAGGAGGCAAAGGCCUACAAAGCUGAGUGAGGCAACAACAGCUUGCUUCUGGGGCUGUGAGAUUCUAUUAACUGCCCAUCCAUGGGGAGCAAUUCUUAGAGUGUGGACAGACUAAGAGUUUUGCUCCUAGCCAUUGUAACCUCUUUCCCUUUGCCCCCAUUAGAUAAACUGAAAUGCACCAAAGAGGAGCACCUCUGCACACAAAGGAUGCUGGACCAGACUCUGCUUGACCUGAAUGAGAUGUAGAAACCCCUAUCCCCCACCCCAGCCCCACCCUGUCGCUGCUCCUUCCACUGACUCUGACUUCGCUGGAGGCCAGCCUGCCUGAAGCUGACCUUUAAACUGAGGGCUGAUCUUUAAUCUGAAGGCUGCUUUCUUCUCUGGGUCCUUGCUUACCCUUCCAACCCUAUCCCUACCCCAAUUCCCCGUGUCAAUUUCACCAAACUGUCUCUGCAGCUCGCCCCUAGAGAUCCCAGCUGGGCUAAGGGCUGAGCACUUUUGGGAACAGCAUUUAAGGGAACCUGAGCACAAUGCAAUAGUGUCUUUAAAAGCAUGUUGUAUGAUGUAUACAUUUUGUAAUUACCUUUUUUGUUGUUGUCGUAGCAACCAUUUGUAAGACAUUCCAGAUAAUUUCCCAGCUCCUAGGCUGCAUCUAAUUACUUUUCUUCCUUUUGGAUGGUAAAUCUUUUCUGCCUAAACAAUGUCCCUUCUCCAUAGAAGAGGGAAAGAGGUGUUAGCCUGCCCUACUGAGAGCUGAACAUAGCCCAAGGAAAGACUCUACCAUGGGAAACCUCUACGUUUUGUACCAAGCACCAGCCAAACCAGAAAGGUCAUUCCAGGAGGAGUUUGCCGGGAAAAAAAAAAAGAGUGCUGUUCAGGUUUUCAGCUUUAAGGUUUCUUGGGGUGUCUUUUUUUCCCUUUUCUUUUCUUUUACAUUUGCAUCAGUAGCAACCAAGCAAAUUACACAAACAAGACCUCUCCGAGACCAAAUUGUCUUCCCUCUCCUCACUCACUCACAGAAUAGAUCAUGUGCCCCAGAAGUUGGGGUGUCUACUCCUAUCCCCACUCCACCUUCUUUGAAAAAUAACGUUUUUGCCACUGAUUAGCCAAGUGAAAUUCAUCUCAUUACCCAUUCCUGGGUCUGAAGCUGCUGUCUCUAAAAGUGCCAUCUUAUUGUGCUUUGUAUCACUCGGUGCUGGAGAAAUCUUGAAUAGCUUGUGUACAAUUUUUUUUUAAUUUUAUGUAUAUUAUUUUUGAAGCUUUAUUUCUCUAGGGUGGGGAGCACCAGGACCACCCCAUCUCACCCCCUGUCUGGCUGUGAGUGCUCUCUGUCUGCAGUCCAUGGGCUGGCAGUGUGCUGAUCUUUUUUAAUUCCUUUUUUUUUUUGGGAGGUUUCUGCGAGGUCUGUGUUAGGUUUGCAUCGUGCAGCUUAUUGGCUUGAAAUGUACUCUCCUUUGGUGUGGUCUAUUUGGGAGCCAAUCUGGGAAAAGAGGAACCAAUAGUGCAAAUGUUUUGAUACUGAAAAUUGACAAUGUCUUUUGAAAUAAAGAACCAUUCCCUCUA